UUUGUCUAAUUGGAUAUGGAUAUCUAAUGAAGCUGUUAUGACACUAAAUAAUAUGCCAUUCUAUUAUACGUGUCGAUAUCUCCCGAUACGAUCUACUACAAAACUGCCAGUAUCUCUGGUUUCCUCUCGUGGAGAAAACUUACUUAACCCAAAGAAAAUAUACAUAAAGGUUACACUACACUAUUGAUUUUAUCACCCUGUCACAUAACUGCUCAUGUAUUAGUUAUACUUUACAGCUGUGUGUGCACAGUUGUGUUCCGAGUGCCAGUGUUGUGCUAACGGGUCAUAUACAAAUUGUACAAACGGCUACUGUAAUAACGGAUGCAUAGAGGGGUAUUAUGGAGAGAAUUGUGUUUACAAAUGUAGAAUUCAAAAUUGCCUUAAAUGUGAUCGGAUCAAUGGCCAUUAUUGCUCAAAAUGUAUUACCGGAUAUUACUUGGAUACUAAUUAUUGCAUUAAAUGUGGAACUCACUGUUCUUCCUGUGAACCAUCCGGGUGUCAGUCCUGCCAUAACGGUUACUAUGGAAAUAAUUGUCAAAGAAGUGCGCUGCACAUUGUACAACCUGUAAAAACUCGAAUGAUUAUUGCCUAUCCUGUGAACUCGGAUAUUAUUUGCAUAAUAAUUAUUGCCGUGAAUGUGGAACUCACUCUGCUUCAUGUGACACAAACGGGUGUCAGUCGUGCCAGAACGGAUACUUUGGAUAUACUUGUAAAACGAGAUGCGCUGUACAUUGUACAUAUUGUAGAAAAUCAGAUGGUUAUUGUAAUUCCUGUGAGUCCGGAUAUUACUUAAAAAAUAACCGUUGUUAUAAAUGUAGAACGCAUUGUUUUUCAUGUGAGUCAACCGGUUGUCAGUCGUGCCAAAACGGUUACUAUGGACAUAAUUGCCAACGGAGCUGUGCUGCAAAUUGUUUGUCUUGUAGAAAAUCAGAUGGGUAUUGCAAUUCCUGUAAGUUCGGAUAUUACUUGAAAAAUAGUCGUUGUUUUAAUUGUGAAACUCCAUGUGCGUUCUGCGAGUCAUCCAGAUGUCAAGCUUGUUUUGACGGAUAUUGGGGAAGUAUUUGUGAGCAUCACUGUGGCCAUCACUGUUCAUCAUAUAACCAAAGUAACGGCGUGUGUAUAUCUUGUGAGGAUGGGUACUGGGGAAGUCAAUGCACUACGUGUGGUUCUCAAUGUAAAGCAUGCAAUCAAUCAAACGGAUGUUUGGAGUGUAGUGUUGGUUACUAUGGCCACACAUGUGACAAAUACAAUUGCAAUGGUUGCACAGAAUGUCAAUAUGGCAAUGGAUCACUUUGUCAUGCAGCCUUUGAAACAGAAGCAGGACAACAAACGUCAACUACAUCCCUUGCUGGAGGAGUUGGAGGUGGAGUUGUUGCUAUUGUUGCCAUUGUGGUCGUUGGAAUGAUUUUGCUUCGACGAAGAAGAGACAUUCUAUGCAACAGAAGUAAGCGACCCGAAAAAGAACAUGAUAACUCUUCCGCGUUGAACGCAAUGGUGAACAAAGGCAAAGUUGUUAAAUCAAGCCGGGAGAUGAGAAUGACACACAUAGUGCGCUAAGUAAUUUCCUGAUAGAGUAGCUGGAUUUCGAUCUUAAAAAGGCACGCCUUAUUGACAUAUAAAGCCUUUGUCUUUGUGUCUUCAGGAGAAGAGUAUGUCAAUGAAGAUACCGAUUAAUUCCACUCUAUCACCAUCAUAGAAAACACCAAUUACCACAGUCCACCAGCGAAGAGCUCUCACAAGGAUAACACGCUUAUUUUGACUGAGGACAAUCUUGAAAUCGACGCAGAUGAUGUUUCUGCACAGGACAUCACAGACAUGUUUGAAACAAAUGAAGGUGUUUAUUACAACAACACAAGAGAAGUCAGCAAAUUCAAACUGACUGUAGCUAAUUUACCGGAAUAUGUACACAACAUAUGCAUAAAGGAUAUAGAAGAAGAAUUUCAGAAAAUACCGUACGGUCUCUUGAAACCUUACGAAGUUUCACAAACGAAGCUAAAUAUGCACAGAAAUAGAUACAAAGGAAUUUAUCCGUAUGAUGAUGCGCGUGUUGUAGUACGUGGAGGAGACACAGACUAUAUCAAUGCAAGCUAUAUAGACGGUUUCAGGAAACGAAAGGCAUACAUAGCUGCUUUGGGUCCGAUGGCUAAGCAGCUGGGCGAUUUUGGCCAAUUCUGGCGAAUGGUUUGGCAACAGAAAGUGGAACGGAUUGCCAUGGUAACCAACUUGGUAGAGGAUGAGAAAACCAAAUGCGAGCAAUACUGGCCUGAUCAUGGCCAAUGUAAGCUAUACGGCGAUAUAAAAGUUAUGUGCAAGGUUGAAAAAGUGUACGCAGAUUUAAUUUGGAGACAGUUUACGUUUUCAAAGGAACAGUUUUACUUCUGCUACGAGUGUGUUCUCAAUUCCGUGAACGAAACAGAUAACGCUGUGUAUUACAACAUAAGUGGGGAUAUCCAGAGGGAAUGAACGCGGUAGGCCAAGGCUGAGACUUCUUACCGUGGAACUAUGACAGCCUCUGUCCUGCAUUGACAUAUAAACAUGACUAUAUGCUCAUUUUUGCAUAACAGUUAUCAAAUAAUUCACAGGACACUAGUACAUCUUUUGAGAUUAUAAACAUUUCAUUGUAAAUAUCGUCACGUGGUAGCGUUUUGGCUUUAGACUUGUUUUUGACCUUUGUACCAUAUUGGGGAACAGUUUCCUGUUUUAAGUUGAAAUAUUUCUUAUUACAGUUUCCUAUAUAUAGGCAAGUUUCAAUAUGCCAGGUUAUUGUGAAUCAUAUUGCCGUUGAUAAGUUGUUGUUAAACAAAUGACGCCGAACAACCUUGACAUGCAUAUUCAUAUUUGUUAAGCACCAAUGGAGAUGUUCACCAGGCACGUGAAUACGUUAGACAAACAAAUGUACGUGGUCUUGAAUUUGUUCAGAAGAUAGUUAUCGAGGGCAGCCUUGCACGUUGAUCAGCUGCAUUGAGGUUUGAUCCCGGUUUGGAAAGCAACAAUGAUAUGUCAAUAUAAUACAAUGCUUGACUUGGAAACAAUGAGGGAUAAUGGUUUUUUCAUUGGAAGAAAGUAAAUAUGUGUUCAUGUCGGUGAACAAUCUCCGAUUACAGUCUUUGACUCACUAGUCAAUAAUGGUUUUAUUCUGUAUCAAUAAAUCGUGGUGGAUUUGUAGAAUAAUGAUGCUUCGAUCUCUGUGUGUGUAAUUGCAAUCGUGUUUUUCGUUUACUUACUAUUUCUUAUAUAGUGUUUGUUUAUAAAAGCGCUGUUCACUAUCACUUGUGUACUAUCAUGUUUUAAUCUCUAUGUUUUCCAUUAAUUUUGUAUGCUGGCCUUUACACUAUAAUCCCUUAAUUAUGAUAUAAAUGUAUAAGAAACUUGUACAAAACCACUUUACAGUUUGAGAUUAUGAUGCUUCAAUCUCGUUGUGUAUAAUAGCAAUCGUUUAAUUGGUCGACUUACUAUUUAUUAUAUAUUUUAUAAAAGCAAACCACAAUAUCACUUUUUGAAUAAUAUGUUUUGUACUACAUAUAUUCCAUUGUUUUGGUAUACGAGCACUAUUAACCCUUUAAUAAAAAAAUAGAUGUAUUAGGAACUUGUAAAAAUCAAAUGAACAUAUUUUGUUAAUAUAGCUGAAUUAAUGGAGCAUGUGUAUGUGUUAUGGGAGUUGUCCAGUUUCCAAGUUUUAAAAUGCCAGCUUAUUGUGAACCAUAUUGCCGUUGAUAAGGUUUUGUUUAUCAAAUGACGCCGAACCACCUUGACAUACAUAUUCAUAACUGUUAAACACCAAUGGAGAUGUUCACUAGUCACGUGAAUACGUUAGACAAACAAAUGUACGUGGACUUGAAUUCGUUCAGAAGAUAAUUAUCGAGGGCAGCCGUAUAUAAUGCAAUACUCGACUUGGAAACAAAGAAGGAUAAUGGUAUUUUAUUUGAAGAAAGUAAAUAUGUUUCCUGUCGGUGAAAAAUGUCGGAUUACAGUCUAUGGCUCACUAGUCUAUAAUUGUUUUAUUAAGUAACAUUAAAUCAUGGGGAAAAUGUAGAAUAAUGGUGCUUCGCCCUCUUUGUAUGAUAGCAAUCGUGUAUUUCGUUCACUUACUUUUUCUUAUAUAGUGUUUGUUUAUAAAAGCCCUAUUUACUAUUACUUGUGUACUAUCAUGUUUUGUACUAUAUGUUUUCCAUUGAUUUUGUAUACGGGCCUUUGCACUAUAAACCCUUUAAUGAAAUAUAAAUGUAUUAUACAUUGUAGAA